CGCCAAAGAAUCGAUAUGAUAACAUGGAAAUUUAUCAAAACUAUAUAUAAACAGCAAUAUAGAUAUUAUGAAGAAGUUAUAGUCAUUUAUAGAGCUAAAGAUCAAUAAUAUCAUUCACUAAUAGUACAAUGGUCGUAUCAACACGUGUAUCCUUACAAUGGGGUUCAGAAGAACCUGAAGAAUUAUCCUAUACUAUGGCAUUCACAUCACCCCAAAAUCAUUAUGUUGAUAUUAGAAUCUUUAAACAUAAGAAUCCAUAUAAGGGAGAUGGAAGUGACUCGUUUGAUCAAGUGUUCCAAUGGUUAUUGGCUGGGAUUGAAGAACCUAUUCCUGAUACUGGUAAGAUCAAUUUCAAGAAUUAUAUUGAUUCUCAAGCCGUUACAAGAUCAAUUAAAAGUGGUAAACCAUUAGUGAUAGGAUCUGACAUUGGAGAUUUUUCCGAUAUUGAAGGUAGUUUAGAUCGAAAAGAAGUUGGAGCAAUGCUUAAUCCUGAUACUGGGGUUGAACAAUCAUAUAUUGAAAUAUGGAGAUCGUUAGAUCCUACUAAAUUAACUCCAACUAAUGAAGUUAGAGAAAGUGAAGUUGAAGAUGAUACUAUUCCAGUAUUCACUUUACAAGUUGAAGAAAGUGAUGAUAUAAGAGGUAAGAUUAUUCGAUUAGGUAAUUGGGUUCAAGGUAUAACUUUUGAUAAGUCAACCAACACAUUUAAUGUGAUUAGAAGUUUUCUUAAUGAAGGGAAAUGGGAAAAUCAAAUUGAAUAUGGUGAUAUUAGUUUAUUCCCAUUAGAGUUUAAGGGGAAAGUAAAUGAUAAAGUUAAGACUUCGAAUCCAGCUAUUGUUUGGAAAUGUUUAGAAAUUGAUAAUAUCUAAUUGAAUUAGCUCAAACUGAAUUAAUAUACAAAAAAAACAUUAUCUAAUAAAUAUUAUUAUAUUAACUUAUGUACUAACUUGUUAUAGAUGUCAACUCUUGAAUCACCCAAGCACAAUCAUGAGUCGAAGUAAGAGUUAAGAAGAAUAGUAAGUGAUAAGA